AUGACAGCACCUCCAGACCCGUCCUGCGACUGUUUCGCCGCGACCAUGAGAGUUGUGAGCCAGUCUCAACCACCCUAUCUCCUAUCGUCCCCAUCAACGCAAACAGGGGCAGAGAACAACAUGUCUCUGAGUGACAGCCUCACCAUUGGCCGCAACUUGGUGCAGCACUGGGAGCACCUCAACGGCUGUGCCAACUCGGAUGCUCACUUGGUCCCGGUGGUUUUCAGCCUGGUGGCUGAUGCCACUGGUCGCGUUCUGAAGCUCUACGAGACGGCGGUAGAGGAACUGCUGGGGACGGCUCGACCUCCAGCACCGCAGGCGUCGAGGCUUGGAUCCCUUCCCGUGCCUAGAGUGAGGUCGGUGGAGAACAUGGGCUCUCUAAAGCCCAACGUUGCCCCGGCCUUCACAUGCGAGCUGGAGAUUGACGACGAGGAAGAGGUUGCUAUCGUAUACCAGGAAGCCCUACGUUACUCAGUCAUCCGCUUAGGUGCCGUCUUACAGGACAUCGAAGAGGAGACCCGACUGCUUGACCAGCAUGCCUUACCCGAGUUUGAGUCACCGCUGCAAGGCCGUGGGAUGAAGGAGCUUAUUUCCAGGUUGUUCUGCUUGCUGGGCAAAACCCACGGCAUCGGCACGUCCUCGAGCUGGUAG